AUGAAAUCCUGGGUCCUUUAGGAUUGUAAAAAUCUUCAUGAGACGUACUGGUGAAGAUGAGGUCGAGAUACUUGCCAUUUCUUAUUAUACUAACCAUCUCAGGAGAACUCUAUGCAGAAGAGAAACAGUGUGAUUUUCCUACUGUGGAAAAUGGAAGGAUUGCCCAAUAUUAUUAUACAUUUAAAAGCUUUUACUUCCCAAUGAGCAUAGACAAAAAACUGUCAUUCUUCUGUUUGGCUGGCUAUGCAACCGAAAGUGGAAAGCAAGAAGAGAAAAUUAGGUGUACAACAGAAGGCUGGUCUCCAAAGCCAAGGUGCUUCAAAAAAUGUCUGAAGCCUGACCUAAGGAACGGUUAUGUCGCUGACAGGAAAGUGCUGUACAAAAUUCAAGAGAAUAUGCGCUAUGGUUGCACUUCAGGAUACAAAACCACUGGAGGAAAAGAUGAGGAGGUUGUCCAGUGUCUUUCUGAUGGGUGGUCUUCUCAACCAGCCUGCAGGAAGGAGCAAGAGACAUGUUUGGCCCCUGAGUUGGAUCAUGGAAAUUAUUCGACGACGCAGAGAAUAUUCAAAGUGAAGGGCAGAGUGCAGUAUACCUGUGCUCCUGGAUACUCCAGCGCUGCAGGGAAGCAGGCUGAGGAGGCAGAGUGCCAUGCACACGGGUGGUCCCUUAGGCCACAGUGCCACAAGUUAAUGUGCUCUUCUUUGAGAUUAAUAGAAAAUGGCUAUUUUCAUCCUGUAAAACAAACCUAUGAAGAAGGAGAUGUAGUUCAAUUUUUCUGUCAUGAAAAUUAUUAUCUAAGUGGAUCUGAUUUAAUUCAGUGCUAUAACUUUGGCUGGUAUCCAGAAUCUCCCAUUUGUGAAGGAAGAAGAAAUCGAUGUCCUCCUCCACCUGUGCCUCUAAAUUCCAAAAUUCAACCACAUUCAACAACUUACCGUCAUGGAGAAAUAGUUCAUAUAGAAUGUGAACUUAAUUUCAUUAUUCAGGGUUCAGAAGAGCUGCUCUGUGAAAACGGAAAGUGGACAGAACCUCCGAAAUGUAUUGAAGAAAAAGAGAAGGUGGCCUGUGAGCAGCCACCCUCCAUUGAGAAUGGCACCGUGCACCCACACUCUGAGAUCUACUACAGUGGGGAUAAGGUGACAUACAAAUGUGAAAGGGGUUACCAACUCCGAGGAUCGAGUACAGUAACUUGUAACCGUGGCCAAUGGACGCUCCCCCCCGAGUGUGUUGAAAAUAUUGAGAACUGUAAGCCUCCACCUGACAUAGCAAAUGGUGCUAUUGUUGAUGGGUUACUAGCAAGUUACACAACAGGAUCUUUGGUGGAGUACAGAUGCAAUGAAUAUUACUUAUUGAGGGGAUCAAAAACAUCUCGCUGUGAACAAGGAAAGUGGUCAUCUCCACCUGUUUGCUUGGAGCCAUGCACUAUUGAUGUGGAUCACAUGAACAGGAAUAACAUACAGAUGAAGUGGGAACAUGUGGGCAAGAUUUUACAUGGAGACCUAAUAGACUUCGUGUGUAAACAGGGAUAUGGCUUGUCUCCAAGAAGCCCACUGUCCGAGGUAUCCGUGCAGUGCGAUAGAGGAGAUAUGAGAUACCCCGUGUGUGUUAGAAGAGAAUCUAAAGGGGUGUGUGCGGCUCCUCCAGUGAUAAGAAAUGGAGAUAUAGUUAGCUCGUCAGCCAGUUCCUAUGAAAAUGGCUCCUCGGUAGAAUACCGGUGUUUGGAUAACCAUUUUCUACAAGGGUCUCCGGAGGCCUUUUGUAGGGAUGGGGUGUGGACUACACCACCACUGUGUUUAGAGCCUUGCACACUAUCAUUUGUUGAAAUGGAUAAGAAUCAUUUACAGCUGAAGUGGAAUUUUGACAAAAGACCACACAUUCUCCACGGAGAGUAUAUUGAGUUUAUUUGUAAGAGGGAUGCGUAUAUAACUGAGACAUCUAUUACUGGGUCUGAACUUCGAGUGCAGUGUGACAGCGGAAAGCUGAAAUAUCCAAGGUGUACCCAAAGAGAAGGGAGUACAUCUUUUCAAGAAGGUUUAAGGACAUAAAAACAAAUGGAAAAAGACAAAGAGUAUUCCAACAUAUGAAUCCUGCAUAAAAUAAUUUUAGGAAGACUGUGCUGAGUUCAGUGUCCUGAGGCUUUACUUAUGUAUGAAAAUGGGCUCAAUAUUUUCUUUAUUUAUAAAUCAAAAAUAUAUCUCAUUUUGGUUUUCUUGAUUUUACAUUUAACAUAACCUUAAUUGUGUCUUUCACCUAUUAAAUAUGAGUUAUUCAUCAAAUCA